CGACUGCACAAGCAGAGAGUGUAACUCUCCGUUCGGAGCCCUCUCGGCCUUCAGGCUGCUGUUUUGUCACGUUUUACACAAGGAAAGCUGCCCUUGAAGCCCAGAAUGCACUGCACAACAUAAAGACCUUAACGGGGAUGCACCACCCUAUUCAGAUGAAACCUGCAGACAGCGAGAAAUCUAACGCGGUGGAAGACAGGAAGCUGUUCAUCGGCAUGGUGUCGAAGAAGUGCAACGAGAACGACAUCCGGGUCAUGUUCUCCGCGUUCGGACAGAUCGAGGAGUGCCGGAUCCUCCGGGGGCCGGACGGACUGAGCAGAGGUGUGUGUCACUCCGACUCACGUCCAUCCACACGAUGUGCGUUUGUCACGUUUUCCACCAGAGCUAUGGCACAGAAUGCAAUCAAAGCCAUGCACCAGUCUCAGACUAUGGAGGGCUGCUCGUCUCCCAUCGUGGUGAAGUUCGCCGACACGCAGAAGGACAAGGAGCAGCGGCGUCUGCAGCAGCAGCUGGCGCAGCAGAUGCAGCAGCUCAACAGUGCGACCACCUGGGGCAGCCUGACGGGCCUGGGCGGCCUCACCCCGCAGUACCUGGCUGUAAGGAGAGCCGCCGCGUCGCCCACCACCAUCACCUCCUCCUCCACCCCUUACUACAGCCCCAUGGCCAACGCCGCCGCAUUGCUCCAGCAGGCGACCUCCUCCAGUAACCUGGGAGCCUUCAGCGGGAUCCAGCAGAUGGCCGGUAUGAGUGCUCUGCAGUUGCAGAAUCUGGCCACUUUAGCAGCGGCGGCGGCGGCGGCCCAAAACUCAGCCAGUCCCUCCACCGCAAACCCCCUGUCCACCAGCGCCUCCCUGGGAAUGUUGGGCAGCCCAGCCGGCUCCAACGCCAGCGCCAUGAACUCUCUGACCUCUCUGGGCACCCUGCAGGGCCUGGCAGGCGCCACCGUGGGCCUCAAUAACAUUAAUGCACUAGCAGGUAGCAUCAACAGUAUGGCGGCUCUGAACGGCGGUCUGGGCGGCGGCCUCUCCAACGGCACGGCGGGCACCAUGGACGCCCUGACGCAGGCCUACUCAGGGAUCCAGCAGUACGCCGCCGCCGCGCUGCCCACCCUCUACAGCCAGUCGCUGCUGCAGCAGCAAGGGGCCGCCGGCAGCCAGAAAGAGGGUCCCGAGGGUGCCAACCUGUUCAUCUACCACCUGCCCCAGGAGUUCGGGGACCAGGACAUCCUGCAGAUGUUCAUGCCUUUCGGAAACGUGGUCUCUGCCAAAGUCUUCAUCGACAAACAGACGAACCUGAGCAAGUGCUUCGGCUUCGUUAGCUACGACAAUCCGGUGUCGGCGCAGGCGGCCAUCCAGGCCAUGAACGGCUUCCAGAUCGGCAUGAAGCGGCUGAAGGUGCAGCUGAAGCGCUCCAAGAACGACAGCAAACCGUACUGAUCUUAGCUCUAGGGUCUGUCCGCUCCCCAUGUUAGCACUGCUAGGGUAAGUCCCCCCACCGGGAGCCGAAAAUGAACCAAGAAAAGAAACUUGUUGGGGGGGGUGUGUGGGAGGGAGGGGAUGACGACCUACAACCACCCUGAGGGAGAUAUACACACGCUUUGUUUUUUUGUUUCUUUUUCUUGCUUUUGUAAAGAUUUUUUACGUUAGCUUUCAAGUAUUAUUAUUUAUUACGAUUUUUAUUUUUAUUUUUUUAUUUUUUACACACAUGAACGCUUCCAUUACCGCCAUUACUUUGUGCAAUUUUCUUUUCUUUUUUUUUUUUUACAAUGGAAGAAAGUAGCUAUCUCGAGUAGCUCGAUACAAAACAAAAAAGAAAAGUUUUCUUUUUUUUUCUUAAUUUCUCAGAGAUUAUUUACACAUUUUUGAGGACUAGUUACAACCGAGGAAAAGACAAAAGGAGCCAUGAUGAUUAAAACUUUUUAUUUUGUUUUCCUUCUCUCUCUCUCUCUCUCUCUCUCUCGUUUGUGAACCUUGAGGCCCGGCGAAGGGUUCAUUAUUUUAUUUAAAUUUUUUUGACACGCACGCCGAUAUGCACAUUUGACCUUUGACCUCCGCGGUGUUGGUUGCAGGCCGCCGCUGCUUCUCCGAAAAAAGAAAAGAAAGAAAAACCCUCUUAAGCCUGCUGGGAGCAAAGGCUGCAAAAAAAAAACUCUAGUGGCCUCUUUACAUUAUAGUCAGUGCAGUUACACUCCACCACCACCAGAGGAAGAAAAACUAAACUCUCUCCAGCUGCGUCUUAUUAUUUAAGUGAAAAUAAUAAAAAACAAGUUAUUUUUUUUAUUUUCUCAGAAGGUGAAAAAAAUAUAAGAAAUUAGUAACGACAUUUCUGGGGUCAGAUCACAUUGGUCUUUGUUGUGAAAGAGAUAUAUUAAAAGAUUUACACAAAAAAAGAAAUAACAUCCAUAAUUUGAUGAAGGCUAUAAUGAUAAUUCUAAUAAUAAAAAAUAAAAAAAAGAGUUUAUGGGUUUGAGGUGGUCACUGAAAAUACUUGAUGUUUUAAAAAGGAAAGAGAGAAGUCAAAAAGUACAGAAAAGCCACAGGCCUGUAAAUUUUAUUUGUAAAAAAAGCAGUUCUAUUUUUAUACAACAUUUUUACUGCCUCAGAUGAAGAAAAAAAAAGGAUUUUAUUUAUUGCCUAUCGUUAAGUUAUUGGACUCCUAUAAAAUAUACAUUAAAAGUAGACCCCUUGUGGAGAAGUCUCGUGGGGUUCUCCGGUGUUUUUCGUGUUUUUUAAACCACAAUCACAACACGCCGCCAUUCGAGCCCCCACCCCCCCCUCCCCCCCCCGGUGUCAUUUAUUCAUUCACUCUGUGCUGUUCAUUCAUCCAUCGCUCUCUCUUUUCUUUUUUUUCUCCAUCCCUAGUGGGACUUCUUCACAAUUUCUCCUCGCGUUUUUACUCAUUUUAUUAUUAUAAUUUUUUGGUUUUGAGUGUUUUGCGUUUUUUGUUUGUUCGUAGCCCCCCCCCCUUCCAAAGAUGUUGAAAUUAAAAACCCACCUCCCCCUCUCCCAAAAAUAUAUGACUAUUUUCUCCCAAAUGACGACAUCCAUCUGGGAUCUGAUGGAUAACGCUUUGGGUGCUCUUUGUUUUGUGUGUACAUGUGUGUGUGUGUGCGAAUGAGUGUGUGUUGUUGUUGUUGUUGUUGUUGCCUGUUAGUAUAGACCUAUAACAUGAUAUCAUUUAAAGAAAAAGUACAAAAUCAAAGCUUAAAAAAUGUGCCAAUGAAAUCAGUGAGUGGUGUUGCUGUUCUUCCGGUUUGCAUUGUUGUUGUUGUUGUUGUUGUUGUCGUUUGUGUGUUGUCGUUUGUUGUUGUUGCUGUUGUUGUUAUUUCUCCUUAUUUUUUUUUACAAAAGCAAAAUGCUGUAGUGGUGUGGUGCUCUGGCUCUCUGUGUGUAACUCUCUCCUCUCCCCUGUUUUUUCUUUCCCCCUUUCAGAACAACCCAUCUUCAUGCCUGUUAGCUCAUCGUUAGCCUAGCAUGUCUCCGUGGCGUUCCCACCCCCCACCCCCCCUCCACCCCCCAAAAAAACAACAAACUUUUAAAACAAACACAAAACAAAAAUCUCCACCCAACAAACCCACAAAAAAAGUGUCCUCGUCCUCCUCGUCCUCCUCGUCCUCCUCGUCCUCCCCAUCAUUGUUUCUUCUGAUGUCUUUCCCGAGCUCACCUGAUCAUUACCUGGUUCCUCUGCCGCCUACUGACCUUUUUUUGAACUUUGAACUUUUUUUUUGGGGGGGGGGGAUUCUUAAUGAUUUUUUUCUUCUUCUGUUGUUAUUGUUGUUGUUUUUUUUGUUGUUUUUUUGCAUGUGACCUCAUUUAGAUCUGUUUUCCGGGAGGGUUUCAGGAAGAGGGGGGGGGGGUGAGAAACACGAAUCAAUGUGAAAAAAGAUGUAAAAAGCUGCGAAAAACAAAAACAAGAUUUUUAUGGGAAACAAAAAUGUUCCUUUUUUUUUUGGAGAGAAAAACCUGUGGCAGAGAUUUAUAUUCAGUGUGUCCUCCUCCUGCCAUUUUGUUUUCUGUUUCUUCUCCUCCUCCUUCUUCUUCUUCUUCUUCUUUACGUCAGUUUAUUUUUUUUCCUUCUCUCUUUUUUUCUUUUUCUUCUAAUUUAAAAGUAAACUUGAAAG